UGGUUUCUAGCUUGAGCCAGACUGAAAAGAAAUAUGUGCAUUGUGUUAUGCCUGAUCGCAGAUUGACUAGCAUAGUCUGAAAAGAGGCUAUGGAUGAUGAUACCAAUAUCAGCCUAAUUGCUCUCCCUACAUCAGCAGCAUCUAUAAAGCAUCCUGGGAAUUGCUCGCCCUACUCUCAGAGCAGCUGGUCACAUGAGUCUGAAUUUUCAGUUCAGUUCAUUAGUCAGCCAUUUUGGUCAACACCCUGCUUACUGCGCACAACCAAUCCUAUUAGCACUCGGUAUUCUGGCUCAUCUGGGGGAGAAAGGCUGGCAGUUUGAUUCAGCACUUCUGGAGAUCUAUUUGUCUGUUUUGGGGUGGUGGUUUUUUUUCUUCUCAUUUUGAUUUGGAAACCUACAAAGGAAGCUUUCCUUUUUUUCUUUUUCUUUUUUUUUUUUUAAUUUUUUUUCUUGUUUUUGAUGCAGAGGGCAAGAUUUCUCUGGAUGCUUAGGAUUCAUUGCCUUUAGCACAGCUGAAGAAAGAGAGUUGGCAGAGAAAGGAGGAGGAGACAGACAAGAAGAGGAGCAUCAUUUUUUGCCUUGCUCUGUGUGUGUGUGUGUGUGUGUGUGUGUGUGUGUAUGUACAUGAAAAGACCAGGGCAGUUUGUGUGAUCUUAUGCAAAUCUGCUCUUGAACAGCGAGGUAUUUCUUUAUAUUUUUUUCCAUUUGGAAAGCUUUUCUUUCUAGUCCUUUUUUUGUUGUUGUUGUACCAGCUGAGUCAUCAUGUCUGCUCUGACGCCUCAAAGUGAUAUGCCAACCCCCACCACAGACAAGAUCACGCAGGCUGCCAUGGAGACCAUCUAUCUUUGCAAAUUCCGAGUGUCUAUGGAUGGAGAAUGGCUCUGCCUGCGCGAGCUGGAUGACAUCUCACUUACGCCUGACCCUGAACCUACCCAUGAAGACUCUUGGGAGGAUUUGACAGAUUUGGUGGAGCAAUUGCGUGAUGAUACUGAAGAUCCUAAUUAUCUCAUGGCUAAUGAACGCAUGAACCUAAUGAAUAUGGCUAAACUGAGUAUAAAGGGGUUGAUUGAGUCAGCACUUAAUUUGGGCAGAACACUGGAUUCAGACUAUGCACCUCUUCAGCAGUUCUUUGUAGUGAUGGAGCACUGCCUUAAACAUGGCUUGAAAGCCAAGAAGACUUUUCUUGGGCAAAAUAAGUCAUUUUGGGGACCUCUAGAGUUGGUAGAGAAGCUUGUUCCUGAAGCUGCUGAGAUCACAGCAAGUGUUAAAGAUCUACCAGGUCUUAAGACGCCUGUGGGUAGAGGAAGAGCCUGGCUUCGUCUGGCCUUAAUGCAGAAGAAGCUUUCUGAAUACAUGAAAGCCUUAAUUAACAGAAAGGAUCUUCUCAGUGAAUUUUAUGAGCCUAAUGCACUCAUGAUGGAAGAAGAAGGUGCCAUAAUUGCUGGCCUCUUAGUGGGGUUAAAUGUCAUUGAUGCAAACUUCUGCAUGAAAGGAGAAGACCUGGAUUCACAGGUUGGAGUUAUUGAUUUUUCCAUGUACUUGAAGGAUGGGAACAGCACAAAGGGCAAUGAGGGAGAUGGUCAAAUUACUGCUAUUUUGGAUCAGAAAAAUUAUGUAGAAGAACUCAACAGACACUUAAGUGCUACUGUGAACAAUCUGCAGGCAAAGGUUGAUGCUUUAGAAAAAUCUAACACUAAACUAACUGAAGAGCUUGCAGUUGCAAACAAUAGGAUUAUAACACUGCAGGAAGAGAUGGAACGAGUUAAAGAAGAAAGCUCUUAUAUCUUAGAAUCCAAUCGCAAGGUAACUAAGCAAGACAGAACUGCAGAUGGACAUGCACUGAGUGAAGCACGCAAACAAUUGAAGGAAGAGACUCAACUACGGCUGGAUGUGGAAAAAGAGUUGGAGGUGCAGAUUGGAAUGCGACAGGAGAUGGAGCUGGCCAUGAAGAUGCUGGAAAAAGAUGUUUGUGAGAAGCAGGAUGCACUAGUAGCACUCAGGCAGCAACUAGAUGAUCUCAGGGCCCUAAAACAUGAGCUUUCCUUCAAGCUGCAGAGUUCAGACCUGGGAGUGAAACAAAAGAGUGAAUUAAACAGCCGCUUGGAGGAGAAGACAAAUCAGAUGGCUGCUACCAUUAAACAGCUUGAACAAAGAUUGCAACAAGCAGAGAAGGAACGCCAGUCUGCUGAGGAGGACAACCGGUUGUUCAAGCAUGAAUUUGGGGACAAGAUCAACAGUCUUCAGAUAGAAGUGGAAAAGCUCAUCAAGCAGCGCAACCAUCUUGAACUGGAAUUGAAACGGGAAAGGCACAGAUGGUCACAUACCCAUCACGGUAUCCAAGCAAGCAAAAGCACUCUAGUCCAAGGCAAAGGCUGCCAGAAGACUGAAGUAAAAACGGAGGGAAAACAUAAAGCCCAGGAGGAAAAUGGCAGACUGGUAAAAGACGAAAAUGCAGUUUUACCAAACAACAUAGAGUCUGACGUACAAGAAGAGCAGGAUCAGCUGUCUGGACCUGAAAAGUUACAGAUAUGUCAACUGUGCCAAGAGGAAGGCAGCCUAACCAAAGGAAAGAACAUUUGCAAGAACUGUGGUGGGAUCUUCUGUGAGGCCUGUUCAGCAAAUGAACUGCCCCUUCCAUCUAGCAUCAACCCUGAGCGUGUUUGCAACCCGUGUCACAAACUGUUGAUACAGCAAUAUUCAACAAGCCCAUUUGAGGAUGCAGGACGUGGACAGUGAUGCACAAAUAGAGCAUGUUCAAGCCAUAACUACUGUAACUUUUACAGCUCCAGAGCUGAGCAAUAGGAGUUUUUAGAGAAGAAUCAUUUUCUGUGCUUGUGUGGUCAGAAAAAGGAAGCACUUUUAUCAUACUUACAAUCUUUCUCAGAACUGUAAACAUUUAAAUAACUGGUCUGAGCCCUCCUUAAGGAAAACACGCUAGUUUUCAGGCAUGAGCUUGUCGCAGGGGUGGAGAGCCGUUUGGAGCCUCAUGUCAGAGUAGCUUUAAGUUAUGUAACAAAGGAAUUGCUGGAAGAAGUAAAAAUGCGAGUCUUCAAAUCAGUAAGGGUCACUUCCUCAAGGAAGGCAGAAUGAAACAUAAUGAACAUACAAUGGUGAUUGUGCUUGAAAUACCUGUUCCUUUUUCCCUUCCGCAGUUAGCAGUUCUGCUAAACUGAUACUUCAGCCAGAAAAAAAAUGCACUACAGAAGUGGGAAUUAAAAAAUGUAUGUUGGCCCAGUUGUUUCUUGAAUUAAAUCCCCCAGUGGCCACUUAUGUUGGGCUGUGUGGAGUAACUUCAGAAGUUCCAAGAGGCAAGUUCUCAAGGGAUUUUUCUUUUGUCAUCUUUUGGAGGCCUGUAUAUGAUAUGAGAAUUGAAUGGCAACCUUUUUGCCCAGUAUUGAAUGUUUAAAAGUCUUCACAGAAAAAUGUUCCACUUGUAUUUUAAAUACAGGGUUUAAAAGAAAAUACCUUUGAACUUUGUAGUGGAGGCUGUCACCGUGAUUUAGACUAAAAACACAAGAUUUUGGAAGUUGUGACCAUACUAGAGAUUGUAAAUCUGCGUUCUAUCUUGAUCUGAUAAUUAGAGUAACUUAAUUUCUAAAUAUGUAAGUGCAUAAUACUACUCCAUUAUUUAAACCAAAUGUUCAGGGCUAGGACUAUGCAUUCUGUCCCACCAUACAGCUGUUAACUUUUAAACAUUUUUUUGGUUAAUACAGCUGUGUAAGAAUAAUAUUAUAUCUGAUUAUUGAAGCAAUAAUAACCUGUUUUACUAAGAGGCUGUCAGAGUAAAGCCUGACCACAAAGUGGUGGUUACUAGCCAGUAGCUCAGAAAUGCUAAUUUGAAACUCAUGUUCAGUACAUUUUACAGCUCCUGCUGCAUCAGAAUAUCAGGUAAGAUGUAGAAUCCUUUAAAGUGACUAUUCCAAAAAGGGGCAGCUGCCUUCUAAAGUCUACAGCCAUCUGUGGGAAUAUAAUCAGACUGUCAUAGUUUUUAUUUGACGUACUUUUUACUGGAAGCUUAAGUUAAGCAUUUGAGACUGCAGAAUGUACUAUAACCUGUAAAGACUGAUAUAUGUAUAUUUAUAUAUGUGUUAUGUGGGUGUUUGCAUUUUUGUACAAAACUAUUUUAGGAAAAUGUGUUGGGUUUUUUUCCUUAAAGGGGAUUAUUUAGAAAUUGGUUAAAAUUUAAUCUUAAAAACAGCACAAUGUGUAGAUCAGAGUUCAGCAUACUUGCUUGGGCUGGUGAUGCUGUUUAUCAGUAUGUACUCUGUUUUGACUCCACAUGAUGAAUACAAGGAGGUAGAUAGGCUUUUUUGAAAGGAGCUCUAACCACAGGCAUUUGCGUAUGGGACAGAUCAGAAGAUGAACUUGACAUGGUUUCCCUUAUUCUGAUACUUUCCCCAUUAGGAUACUAGUUAUCCCCAUUAGAUUAGUAGUUAGAAUAGAUGUAUUUCCCUGCAGUUGACCACAUUCACUUAGAACGGGAAACAAGUUGUAAAAGACUCCAAAUCCAAAGCUAUUUUACCUCCAAGAAUCAAAGUGGAGAAAAUGCAGCUUUCAGAUUUUAGCCUCUUUUCCAGGCAGAUAGUUCUUGUACUUUGCCAUCCAUGUGGAGUCAGGGGUAAAUGGAAAAGAUGCUAAACUAAUGAAUCUUUAUCCUGAAGAUAAGAUUGUUUCUGGGUGGGUAAAUUAAUCAAUGAUGCACUGUACCAGAUUCCAGGACUGGAACCUGAUAUUUGAAUUAAGUUAAUUUUGCUUUUCUGGCAGGGUCACUUGGAAAAUAAAUUGAAAUGUAAACAAUGCUAACAGCCUUUGGGUAUUAAACUGGAAGCACCAUCAUUCUUAUGCUGACAUGUCCACAUUUCCCUUGUAAUUAGUUCUAAGAUGGUAGCAGAUUAAUUAUCUUUAUGCCUCCUUUACAGUCACAAAAAAGGAAAAUAUGCUGCUACACUUAUUACAUAUUAACAUUGCAACUGAAGUCUUAAUGCUAAAAGCAGGAUCAGCUCAUUUUAUUAAAUAAGCAAAUACUUUAUGCAAAAUCUUUUAUUGAUUUUUGGGGUUUUUUUUGUUUUGUUUUGUUUUUUAAGGAGCUUAUUUCAGCCUACAGCUAUUACCAGUGGUUUACAUAUGUUGUUUGAAGCUUAAAUUCUUGCAAGGAAAACAUUAAAAAGGUAGAUUACAAUGUAAUUUUAUUAUGGCAGCAGCAGUUGCCUCUUCUGUGACUUCUAGUAUUUGACUUGAUUGUCUCCACUUUAAAUACUGACUAUUUUAAUUUAUGAUGCUAUACAAGGUAAAUUAUCCAAGCAUGUUUGUUCAGGUCUGGCUUGAAAGUGUAGCUUUUGGGUUCAUUCCUUGAAACCUGAGUGGGAGAGGAAAAGGUGUUUUCUGGCACAAAAUAAACUGUUUAAAAGCA